UGCUGUGCUAUGCCUUAUGUGAUUAAGACCUCUUACCAAGAAUACCUUGGCUUUGGCACUUCUGGAGAGUCAGAUCAUAAAGACACUGAGGAGUGCUAAAGUGGCAAUGAAACAGCCCAACAGGAAGAGGAAGCUUAGUAUGGAUUCCAAAGAGCAUUUGAAUCAGGAUGGAUGCUUGGAGCAAGCUGAAGAAGAAAAGAGGAAUGGUGCAGAUCCUUUGAGUCACGUCCCUUCAGCGGCUGCACAGGACACGUGGUCUUGGGAGCAGUACUUGAAAGAACAGAAGGCUAUAGCUGCACCCGUUGAACUGUUUUCCAAGGAACAAUCCUUUCCGGAGCACGAAAAUGGUUUUCAGGUUGGAAUGAGAUUAGAAGGCAUUGACCCCCGACAUCCAUCUGUAUUUUGUGUGCUUUCUGUAGCUGAGGUGUGUGGUUACCGUCUAAGACUUCAUUUUGAUGGUUAUUUAAGCUGCUACGAUUUUUGGACCAAUGCUGGUUCCCCUGACAUUCAUCCAGUAGGAUGGUGUGAAAAGACCAAACAUGAGUUGCACAGCCCUAAGGGUUAUAGAAAAGAUAAAUUUGUUUGGAUGGAUUACUUGAAGGCCUGCAAAUUGCAAAAUGCUCCCAAGAAAUUAUUCAGAAACAGAAGUUCUAAUGGGCCAAUACCGAAAGAAUUUCAGAUUGGAAUGAAGCUGGAGGCCGUGGACAGGAAGAACCCUUCCUUGGUGUGUGUGGCAACCCUCGCAGACAUUGUUGAAGAUCGCUUACUAGUGCAUUUUGACAAUUGGGAUGAUAGUUACGAUUACUGGUGUGAUGUAAAUAGUCCUUAUGUCCAGCCAGUUGGUUGGUGUCAAGAGAAUGGAAGAACUCUGAUAGCACCCCAAGGUUAUCCUGAUCCAGAAAAUUUUUCCUGGACAGAAUAUCUGGAAGCUACUCAUACUAGUGCGGUUCCUGCCAAAGUUUUUAAAAUGCGGUUGCCUCAUGGUUUUCUGCCGAAUAUGAAACUUGAAGUUGUGGAUAAACGAAAUCCUAGGUUAAUUCGUGUUGCUACGAUAAUAGAUGUUGAUGACCAAAGAAUAAAGGUUCAUUUUGAUGGCUGGGAACACAAAUAUGAUUAUUGGAUGGAUGUAGACAGCCCUGACAUUCACCCAAUUGGAUGGUGUGAUGUAACAGGGCACCCACUGGAAAUGCCAUAUGGAGCAAAUGAUGUGAAAAUCCUUCCAGGUCAAGCUGUUUGUCCUACUCCAGGGUGCCGAGGAAUAGGCCAUAUCCGUGGUCCGCGGUAUUCAGGACAUCACAGUGCCUUUGGCUGCCCGUAUUCGGACAUGAACUUGAAAAAGGAGGCAACACUCCAGGAUCGUCUGAGAGAACAAACACAGGCAAAUUUGGAAUUAGACUCUUCACAUUCAAAAUUGAAAAACCUCUGUAGUUUCAACUUCAGUGGAAAACAUGAAAAGGCGAACAGUCAGCCCAGACUGGUACAGCAGGCAAAGUGUUUGAAAAUCAAAGGAAAAGAAGAUAUUGACUUGGAUAAUCUCUUCAGAGAAUACUCUGCUGAGCAGACACAGCAGGCGCUGCACCAGUCGGUCUUCAUGUCAUCCUUGUCGACCCACCCUUUCCGGGACCUUCCCCUCGGCAGGGAGCAACACUGCAAGCUGCUUCCCGGUGUGGCUGACAUCCAGGCAGGCAAGGUGGCCCGAUGGACGGUGGAUGAGGUGGCUGAGUUUGUACAGUCUCUGCUGGGCUGUGAAGAGCAUGCCAAGUGCUUCAAGAAAGAGCAGAUUGAUGGCAAAGCCUUCCUGCUUCUGACACAGACAGACAUCGUCAAGGUGAUGAAGAUCAAACUGGGCCCAGCACUGAAGAUUUAUAAUUCUAUCCUCAUGUUCAGGAAUUCCCAGGACCUCACCGAAGAAGUUACUGUCUCAGGCCAACAAGUCAGGGGCUAAACACACCACCUGAACUGCUGCUGCACCGGGACCUUGUUCUUUCAGCAAUAAAGUUGGCCCACAUUAAUUUGAUUUUACUGUCCCCGUGGUCAUAUCCAUAUUUAAUCUGAACCUUUUAAAUGUUUGUGGUUUAUAUGUUUAGAGGAUUCUGAUGACUGGUCCUGUGCCAACGAUGCAGUGGGCCAGGCACGUGUAUGGUUUGUGAAUAUGUUUAUCUUCAGUGGGGUCCUUUCAGCUCUGAUAUGUUGCCACAAACAGACCAAAGAAGCCUACACAAACACCUUUAUUCUUCUCCUUCACCGUGAAAGAAGCCAUUUCCCAUUUUGAAAGCAUAACACUCUCAAAUGGCAAAAUGUUAGAAAAACAGAAUUCAUAAAUACAUUGUUAAUGUUUUCAUCAGAACACCUGAGCUUGUCUCAGAUUUGCCAUCUGGGUGCAGUGAGUCUAAGAGACAGAGGCCCAGUGCUUUAAAAAGAUACCACAUGAGAUUUUUGUGUACUUUACUCAGGAAAGUGUAAAACUUUAAAAAAUAAUAAUAAGCACAUAUUUUCAUGAUUCAUUACUUCUCCUUUUUACUCCAUUAACCAUUUUGGGUUGUUCUCCCAAGAUCUCCCAAGUGUGCCCAGGGUUAGCAGAACAGUCAGCCUGGGCAUUUAGCAGAAGCUGGUGAGACCUUCCUGAGAACCCUCCACCAGCAGUGCCCUACAGGCUGUCUGCAGGACUGCAGGGAGACCUCGUCUUGACACUGGCAUUGGUUAGUGGGCUAGAUGCCACCUGCACCAGAAUCUUCCCGGCUUCCACUCUGAGGGGUCUCAGCAGAACUGAUUUGUCCUGCGGUCUGCCUGAGUGUGUGUAAUAAGGAGUUGUGGUGCAUCUGGGCUUUGUGUACAUCUUUACAGAGGCACACCAUUAAAAGGGAAGAUCUCUAACCUAGGGAACUUGGUAUCUAUGAUUUGUUGAAACAAUUCUGAUCUGUUAUCAAGCCUUGUCUUAUAUAAGUGACUGUAUCUAAUACUUAAGUUAUGUGCAGUCAGUCCCACAGUUUUAAAGACAAGUACCUGUUUUCUGACAUACACCUACAGUAAGAGCUACAAAUGCCCCCAUAGAAGUGGAGCUCCGUUGAUGUUUUAGUGGGGCGAGGAAAGAAAUAGAUAAAAGAGACUCAGGCCUGACCAUACGCAUUUGCUUUAUUAAGAAUCUAUGGUUCAAGAAAAUUGAUUCU